UUUUUCUCAGAUUUUCUGCAUUUUCGUGUCUUUGUUUUCUUCAACAUUCAACAACGAUCUUCGCCCAUCCCUUUCUUCAUUCUCUAAUCUUUAUCGUCUUUCUUUACUUCUUCAUCUUUUCUUAGCAAGCAAUUGAACACUUUAGGAGCAUAAAGGCAAAUCAAGUUGGUUACUGAACUAUAUAGAGUUACAUGUGUUUUGCUGGCACAUGGCAACACACGACAUGGAUCCUGAUGUUGUUCGCUGGGGUCUUCAUCUCCUAGAUGUUUGCACCCUUUCCCAUCACCGUUCGCCAAGUAUCGUAACUCGAUAUGAUCCUGAUUUAAGUCGAGUUGAAUAUGUUAGAGAAGGCUUUUGUCAGGAUGUGUAUGUGGAAAAUGACGAGGCUGUUGCACGUGCUUAUCAAGAAGAAUUAUCUCAACUUGAUUCCAUGGGAGCUUCUGGAAUAUCAGAUUUUGAGAAUGAGCGAUUGCGAUAUGCACAAGAUUGGCCUUCUUCUUCAAAUGGAAACUAUAACUUUGACAACGAGUCUUGCCGAAACUCUGAAGACGAGUCAUACACUAUGAAAGAAGUGGAGAAUUAUGGUCCAAGUGGAAGGGAAAAUGAUGCACGUGACAUUGAUGUUUUUGGUUUAUCUUCUGGAUCAGGAGAGAUACCUGUUACAAGUGAUGACUUGUGGCAGUCUUUGGAAAUAUCGGAUGAAUCUUCUCUUGAUGGUGAAGUUGGCAAAAGAUUAAACCAGAUGGUUCCCAUUCCUCAUAUUCCUAAAACCAAUGAAAAAAUACCAUCCUAUGAUGAAGAAAUAUCAGAUCAUCAAAGGCUGCUAGAUAGAUUGCAGUUAUAUGAUCUGAUUGAAUGUAAGGUUCAAGGAGAUGGUAACUGCCAGUUUCGUUCUUUAUCAGAUCAACUCUAUCGCUCUCCAGACCACCACAAAUUUGUGCGGGAACAAAUUAUUCAACAGCUCAAGUCAUACCCAGAAAUAUAUGCGGGUUAUGUUCCUAUGGGUUACAGUGAUUAUUUGAAGAAGAUGAGCAAGAGUGGUGAAUGGGGUGAUCAUGUCACGCUACAGGCUGCUGCAGAUUGGUAUGGUGUCAAGAUUUUUGUUAUUACAUCUUUUAAGGACACAUGUUACAUUGAGAUUCUUCCACAGAGACAAAAAUCUGGAAGAGUGAUAUUUCUGAGCUUUUGGGCAGAGGUGCAUUACAACUCAAUAUAUCCCGAAGGAGAAUUGCCCACAUCUCAUACAAAGAAAAAGAAGAAAUGGUGGAAUUUCGGUGGCUAGGUUCGGUGUCACAUUGGUUGGAUGCAACUAUUUCACGCAUCAGUUCCUCAGUAUGAUCGGCUUUGUGAUUAUUUGAGCUUUUAAUGUUUAGUGUUGUUCCUAACACUAACUCUGCUUUCAUUAUUUUGUAUAUAUCAACAUUUUCUUUCUCUUGUACAGCAUUUAUUCUUUUGUAUAUAUUUUAUUUAUCCUACUUCUAACUCUUGCUUUUCGUCUGUUUCUUCUUCCAUUGGUUGGUCUUGGCAGAAGAUUGAAGAAUGGCAAAGGAAUAUUCAUCCUUUUCUAAUUUACAGGAAAGAAAGAUUAAAUAAUUUUAUAUCUUCUUGAUGUUUUUUUUUUUUUUAAACUAUUUUUAAAUAAUUAUUUACAGAAAGAAAGUAUGAUUUUUUUUUUAAGGUAUAACCUUUUUAAACUUCUUUCAUCUAGUGAGAUUUGUUUAAACUUUUUAAACUUCUU